AUGGUGCGGGCUUCAUGAAACCCCUUGUAAAAUGUGUCAAGUGGUUUCGCUCAAAAAUGGCAGCCUCCGUACUGCAGCGUUGCCUUGGAGCUGUCAAAGUUAUCCAUAAAAGUGCAUAUUUGAGUUGUGCAGGUAGAAGAUGGCUAUUGUCCGCAGCGUACACAGACACAACGCUGUGGGAAACGAGAAAGAAAGAUCCACAAAAUCUGGCUCAACUGGCUGCCUUCAUGGACAGGAUUUACGAAAGAAAUUUCCCUGUCAGCUCUCUGACUAUAUCACGGUUUGUGGACAGCAUAUCAUCCAGAGAAGAAGUUGAUCAAGCAGAGUAUUAUCUUUACAGAUUCCGCCACAGUCCAAACUGCUGGUACCUCAGAGACUGGACCAUCCACAGCUGGGUGCGGCAGUGCCUCAAGUACGGAGCCAAAGACAAGGCCCUGCACACGCUCAAGAACAAGGUCCAGUAUGGCAUAUUCCCCGACGAGUUCAGCUUCAACCUGCUCUUGGACGCCUAUAUUAAGGAGGAAGACUUCAAAGGGGCCUGCUCAGUGGUGGAGGAGGUGAUGCUCCAGGAGGCCUGUGAUCUGCCCUCCACCCAGAUCCUCUCUCUCUACGCCCUCAGCCGUUACCUGGCAACCAAGCCAAAGCUCGGGGUGUCGGAGGAGAGAGGCCUGGGAGCGUCGCUGCUGAUCGUUGGGCUGAAGCAGGACAACACUGUGGGCCUCAGCGCCCAACUGCUCGGCUCUGCCCUGCUGGGUAAGGUGGAGAUGGCCGAGGGGAUCCAUGCAGUCUUCAGGGGGAUGCCUCUGCUGUGGACCCCAGGGUAUGUGGGCCGAGCCCUGGCCGUCAUGGAGAAAGUGGCUGCAGCCCCUGGAGACGUCAAGUUGACAAAGGAUAUGAUUGACUCGGUGGAGGCAGUGCUGAAGGAAAUCUCCCCCGCCUCCGACUCGGACUCCUCGGAAGGGGAGGAGUCAGGAGGAGAGGAGGACAGGAAGGGGGAGUCUGGAGGAGAGGAGGACAGGAAGGAGGAGAAGAUGGUGGACGAGGAUGACCUUGCAGAGAGGGCUAAGCUCCCCCAGUACGCCGGCAGGUUCCAGGAGCUGCUCAGUCAGCUGCAGUCCCAGGGGAAGGUGGACGCAGCCCCCCUGGAGGCCCUGGUCUCUGCCCUGGCCCAGCAGGCCCUGCCCCGGGCCGAGGAGCCCGACCUGGAGCAGUACGCGGGCCGGGUGCGGGACUGGGAGUCGGAGAGGAGGCAGCUGAUCCAGAGGGAGGUGGAGGCCAGGGAGAGGGCGGAGAUCGAGAAGCAGGCUCGGAUCGAGGCCAGGGCAGCCGCUCAGCAGGGAUAGGUGGAUCACGACCCGAGACUGGAUUCCUACUGGUGGAUUCGUAGCACGACCCUAGUAGGACUCUAAACUGCCGCCCCACCAACUGUUCUGACAGCAUCUCGUAAGUGGCUGGUCACCGUGGAUGAACGUUGGAGACAGUCAAGAACUUUGAGAGUCAAGGACUUCGCUCUUUUCCUUGUCCGUAAAAUAGCUUCACGUCAUCGACAUUCAUACGUCAACACAUCAAAUCAGUGAACACUCGCCCCCCUUUUUUUCCUGUACAAAAUACGAGUUGCCGUGUCGCAUGUGUGCGAGGUCACUGCAACCCCAAACCGUUGGCGCGUUAACAAUAUUUAUGUAUCUCAAAAAAUAAAAUGCUAUUUGUGAAUCCCA